AGGAAGAAACCCGUAGCCCAGAGAGCAUUCAAGAUGAAAUACCUUUUCGUAGUUGCCUUCAUCGCCCUGGCCAUCCAGUUGGCUUCGGCCACCUCACCUACCACCACUGAUCCCACCACCACGACUACCACUGCGGCAACAACCACUACGACAGCUUCCUCCUCAACAACAACAACCACCGAAUCGUCCUCGUCCUCUACUGGAACGAAGAAAUGCUCCAAGAAGAACAACUGGUGUGGCACUUUCAGGCCCAAGAAGAAGUGCAAGCACCCCAAGAGGUGCCACAAGACCAUCGUGAGGGUGACCCACAGGAAGGGCUAAGCUACUACGG